UCCCAAGCGCAAGCGUGACGACACAGAGAAGGCGCGCCAGUGGCCAAGUACAUGCCAAGAGGCAAAGUACACGGAAAAGGAAACUGGAAGGUCGAUAUACUGUGCGCAAUCCCUGCGCAUCUCAAGAGCAGCGAACGACUCCCGGUCCGCUCACCGGUACCGACCAAUGACACGCAACGACUUGAGGAGUUCCCGAUCCCGGCCGGUUCCACGAUAGGCUGAGAGGUGAGAACCACAUCAGGCAAACUGCCAUCGGAUCGAACUGUGCGUAACUCCCUGCCCAGACUUUGUUGGUGGCUUCUGUCCGUAUGUGGACGGUAUGCUAAGGGAUCGUGUGUAGCUCAUUCAUUCAAACCAGCCCCUUGCCACGCCUCCGUCGCCUAGAGGAGAGCUCGCGCGAGCCUGCCGAGGCAAACAUCAGAGCCGCUGUCUGUGACUCCCUCCAGUGUGGUACACUGAGCUCCCUGCACGGGCUCAAUGUCAGUCAUCUGUGCGAACAUCGGCUCCGGGUCCACAUCCCAGUCCUAAGCUCUCGCCCGGCCCGUUGCCUCCUUAACCAGAGCGCACCGCCCCGUAGCGCCGACCGCGUCCCGAUGGCCGACUCACCCCGCUCGUCGUGGGACGGCGAGGCGGCCGCCGUCAAGCGGCUGGACGCGCCCUUCCGUCUGCGCAUGAAGGGCGACGGCGCGUUCCGGCCCGAUCGGCGGCGUCGCGACAUCAUCCAGCAGGAGGGCAUCACGCUCUUCGAAACCAUCGCCGAGGGCAGCUUCAGCAAGAUCCACCGCGCCUUCUUCAAGCGAGAGCACAAGGAGGUGGUGGUGAAGGUGAUCCCGAAGCGUCGCGCGCCGCCCGAGUACUACGAGCGCUUCCUGCCGCGCGAGAUCGCCACGCUGCGGCUGACGCAGGAGCACCCGCUGGUGGUGGACCUGUACGCGGCGCUGGAGGGCCCGGCCGCCUACUACCUGGUGAUGGAGCACUGCGAGCGCGGCGACCUGCUCGACUACGUCAACAAGAUGGGCUUCCUGGCCGAGGUGGAGGCGCGCGCCUUCUUCCGGCAGAUGGUGGACGCCGUGCAGUACCUGCACCACAUGGGCAUCAUCCACCGCGACAUCAAGCUGGAGAACAUGCUGCUCAACGCAGACUACGAAAUCCGCAUCGCCGACUUCGGCUUCGCGCGCUUUCACGGCGAGCGGCUGUCGGAGACCAAGUGCGGCUCAUUCGUCUACACGGCGCCGGAGAUCUUCCUCGGCCAUCCGUACAACGGGCUGCGCGCCGACAUGUGGUCGCUGGGCGUGUGCCUGUACGCCAUGGUGUGCGGCCGGCUGCCGCUGGCGCAGACACGCGCCGACCUGCGCGACCCGCACGCCCUGCUGACGGCCGCGCACCGCAAGCUGCACUUCACCAAGCAGGUGACGUCCGGCUGUCGCCAGGUGACGCGCCAGCUGAUGAGCACGGCGCCCCAGCAGCGGCCCACCGCCACCGAGCUGAAGCGCUGCCAGUGGAUGGGCCAGCCGCUGCACACGCACGGCGCCGGCCAGCGUCAGGCGCUGCAGCGCAAGACCUCCUCCUCGAUGGUGAUGCUCAGCUCGGAGGUGGUGAUGAAGGCGGCGCAGAGUCGCUCCGCCCUCACCCUGCAAUCCGACAUGCGGAUGCUGAAGCACUCGACGGCCGGCCAGGCGGCACGCGCCGCCAAGCAGGACGCCCGCUCCGCCAAGAAGAAGGGCUCGGCCAAGUACACGUCGGCCAAGAUGCGGUGGAAGGCUGCCGUACUGGCCAUGAAGCGGCAGCGCUUCAACCGCUGGCGCGACCUCUGCCAGAAGCUGGGCAAGAUGCCGCACAUGCGAAUCGAAGACGCAGAGCAGGAGCUGGACAUGGAGCAGAACUUCGACUUCAGUCAGUUCUAG